AUGCCUCCCCCCCCCCGCAGGAUCAAGCACCCCAACAUCGUGGCCUUGGAUGACAUCUACGAGAGCGGCACCCACCUCUACCUCAUCAUGCAGCUGGUCUCGGGGGGGGAGCUCUUCGACCGCAUCGUGGAGAAGGGUUUCUACACCGAGCGGGACGCCAGCACCCUGAUCCGGCAGAUCCUCGAUGCCGUCAAGUACCUGCACGACAUGGGCAUCGUCCACCGUGACCUGAAGCCCGAGAACCUGCUCUAUUACAGCCUGGACGAGGACUCCAAGAUCAUGAUCAGUGACUUUGGGCUCUCGAAGAUCGAGGGCUGCGGCAGCGUCAUGUCCACAGCUUGCGGCACCCCCGGCUACGUGGCCAAGGACUUCAUCCAGCACUUAAUGGAGAAGGACCCAGGCAAGCGCUUCACCUGCGAGCAAGCCCUGCAGCAUCCCUGGAUCGCCGGGGAUACGGCCCUGGACAAGAACAUCCACCAGUCUGUGAGCGAGCAGAUCAAGAAGAACUUCGCAAAGAGCAAGUGGAAGCAAGCCUUCAAUGCCACGGCGGUGGUGAGACACAUGCGGAAGCUGCAGUUGGGAACCAGCCAGGAGGGCCCCGGGCAGACGACUCCCACCAGCCCCAGCGAGCGGCUGGGUGGGGGCACCAGCAACGGUGAG